CUUCCUCUCAUCAUCAUGCUGACUACGCUGGUCUUGGCGGUCAUGUUGUCUUCCGGAUGGACGGCCUCUCUGCUGAUGUUGACGGUCUCGUUGCUCUCUUCGCAGCUGUUUCAUGCGGUCGUUCGCGUUACGAAGAGCUUCUUCAAAUUGCGGCCACGUCAGUGCUUCUCCACGAUACGCGCGGGAUGCUGACUCAUGCGCCAUGGUUGCCUUGAACAUGUCGAAUCUCUCAGGCAAUGCCGAUAGCAUGACGGCGAUCAUCGUCUCGUCUGGCACUGUUGAUCCGACUUCAUGAAGGCGCUUGACGAGAAAGCUGAAGUCGCCAAGGGCGUCGUCAAGAUCGUCCUUGAUCAUCUUCUAGCUGAAGAAUCGCUGCAAGAGCUCGUGCUUGCAUACGAUACGAUCAGGUAUGAACCGCUUCCGCAGUUCUAGAUACGCCCAUGCACCAUUCUCGCCGUGCUUCUGGUAUGCUUCUUGAAUCAGUCGCUUGGCCUUGUCUGCUGUCUGCAGGGCGAGGAAGCCGAACAGCCAUCGGAGGUUCUUGGCGUUGGAGCUCUCCUGCUCAAUCAGGAUUGGCUGUCCCUGCUGGUUCACCACGGGCUGAUUAUUGCCAUCCAUCUGUGGCACCGCUAUCUUCAUCGGCGGGACGUCCUCAUCCUUAGUAGGUAGAUAGACUUUCACAUCCAUCUCUCUUGCUGCCAAGUAGGCUCUGAGAGUAAAGUCCCAUUCACGCCACUUGAUGUCGUUCUCGCCACUCCUGCCGGUAAAGACGGGGAAGGUGGCCUUGGUCUCGAGAUUGAGUGUCAUCUCUGCUGUCUGCUUUGUUGAU